AUGCUAGUUAUGAAAAUAGAGAAGGACAACAGUUUACCAUCAGGUUCCAAACAACGACAACAACACCCCAAAAAUGCACCAGAACCCUCAAUCACACUGGCAAUGUCACCAACAUCCUCCUACACGUACACACCCACAGAGUGUUACCCCAGAUCCUACCACCCAGCCCUCCAUUGCCGCCCAACCAUCCCCUCAGACCACCUCCCUAACGAUGAAUAUCGUUACUUAGUAAAACUGCAAGACCGCUCACGUUUAGAAUCCCAUUUCGCUCAACCCUCACUACCCUCUUCUUCAUACAACACUCUCCGGAAAACAGCAUAUCAAGAACAACCUAACUUGAGUCGCGAAUGGCGCACAAAGGUUUCCGAGACGGCAAAUGCUACUCGCGCGGCAUUAGGACCAAUUUUCGAUUUCACGGAGGAGGGUUAUGAGCGUAUGCAAACAGCAAAUAACAAUCGAUAUACCGGUGGUGGGUAUCGUGAUGAGAGUGAGUAUGAAGAUUACGUCCCUUCUCGCCGUGUCCAUGAGCUCAACCAGAAAUACUGGGAUAACGACGAAGGGUACAUGAAUGAGCAGUAUCGCAAGAACGGUUGUAGUCUGCAUUCAGGUAGGCAUGUUGGUAUCAGUCCUUUAGCACACCCGCACCCUGAGCCUACGCCGCCACUAGGCAGAAAGCGGUAUGAUAGUGGAGUAGGGGAGAGUCCCAUGUAUGGACCGACGCCAGAACUCGGUAGUAAGUUUGACUGGAGUAGCGAUGAAGACGAGUCGCCGAAACGCAAACGUUGGGGACGUCUUUUUCGGAGUAAGGAAGCUGGAUGA